AAACAGGAGCAGCGACUCUCCGAUGACUCCUGAGUAGCGUGCCCCUGGAAACAUGCUGUACUGGGGGCUUCUCGUCUCCCGCCCCUUCAUGCUGACGCUUCUUUCUAUUUAUGGCGUCGCCUCUGUAUUCAUUCCCACAUUAUCGCCGUUGGAAAAGGACUCUGAGGGAGACUCAGGGUUGGGGCGACUCGACCUGAGCAUCUCCAACACCACGGAACACUCGCUGGGGAUCCUCAUCAUUGGCGCCGGGAACACGGUGAGGAAAUCGCAGGUGUCACCGAGCAGGUCGUCCACUGAGGCGCCGUACGGGUCGUGGCCCUCCCCCAUCACCAGCAACCUGGUGACGGAGCCCAUUAGCGCAGUGGUGGAGCCUCCCAGAAUAGACCCCAUCACAGGUCUUGUGUUUUGGAGCGAGGAGGUGAAUGGCCGCCGCGCAGUGUACCACUUUGAUCCAGACACACGAAAGGUGGUGCGCUGGACGGGCCCAGACUAUGACGUGGUGAGCCGCGUGCAUGAGUACGGCGGCGGUUCAUUCACUGUCUACAAUAACACUCUCUUCUUCUCCCGCGGCGAGGAUGAUGCCUUGUACCGCCAGGACGGCCCCGAAGCCCAGCCCUCGCGCCUCACACAUGGCCAGAAGAAGAGGUAUGCUGAUGGUGUCUACAGUCCCGAGUGGAACGCGCUCUUUCUGGUGAUGGAAGACCACUCCAGGGUGGAGGAGAGAGGCCUGCAGGAGCCUCGGAACAGUAUCGUAAUGGUGGACGCAUCAAGCGGGAAGGAGGAAAUCAUCGUUGAACACGCGGACUUCUUCGCGUCCCCGAGGGUCACCCAGGACGGCCUGCACCUUGUGUGGAUACAGUGGAACCAUCCCAACAUGCCGUGGGACGAAAAUCAGAUGUUCGUAGCGGAGUUGAAGGAAGACCGGACAGAUAUCACCAUCAGCAGGUUCUUUCAACACGGCAGCAUGAUGACGCCGUUCUUUGACCAAAACAACGAGCUGUUCUAUGUCCACGACUCGACCGGCUGGUGGAAUCUGUACUGGGUCAACCGUCGCGGCUUCGAGAUCAACCUGACGCCUCAAUCCCUGGAGGUGGGCUGGCCUACCUGGAGGCUGGGUCGCCAAGCCUACGACAUCAACCCUAGGCUGGGCGCCAGGGAGGCUGUUGUCAUCUGUGGCCACGACCUGACCGUGGUGGACCUGCGCAAGCAAAAGCGUCGCGUCAUCAAGACAGACUACACCACGUACAGCCUUGGCGUGGCCUACUCCAAGGCAGGGGACAAGGUGUACACCGUGGCGAGUGAUGGGGUGCGUCACCCCCGCCUGGUGGAGGUGGAGGUGAGGACAGGCCGCACCCGUGACGUGAGCCGGGCGUCCGAUGCAGGGGUGGAGGAGGGCUACAUCAGCACCGCCCGCCUCAUGCAGUUCCCCACCACGCAAGGAGACUUUGCCUACGGAUACCUUUACUCUCCAAAGAACAAGGAUUACCACGCCCCGGCAGGAACACGUCCGCCGCUGCUAGUGAAGGUGCACGAGGGCCCCACUGACGCAGCCUCCACCGCCCUCAACCUCUACUACCAGUUCUUCACCUCUCGGGGCUUCGCUAUUCUGGACGUGGACUACCGUGGCAGCACAGGUUACGGCAAGCUGUACCGCAACAAGCUAAACGAAAUGUGGGGCGUGUAUGACGUGGAGGACGUGCUGGCAGGGGCGUCUCACUUGGUGAAGGAAGGGCUGGUGGACGAGGCGCGGUUGUGCAUCGACAGCAGCUCCAUGGCGGCAUACACCAUGCUGUCAGCCCUCACCAUACCGGGGUCCGUCUUCAAAGCAGGUGCCAGUUACUACGGCGUGUCGGAUCCUGAGACGAUGGCUACCAACACGCACAAGUUUAAGAAGAACUACAUGGAGGCGCUGAUCGGGAACCUGGACCGCCACAAGGACCGCUACGUCACCAGGUCACCGCUCAGGAACUACGAGAGGCUGGAGGUGCCCAUGAUCUUCUUCCACGGCGCGAAUGACAAGGUAGUUCCCCCCGACCAGGCCCGCGGGAUGUACAAGCUGGUGAAGAGCAAACACCUCCCCGCUGCCUUCAUUGUUUUUGAGGACGAAGGGCACGUCUUCACUCACCGAGAGUCACUCAGCAGAGCACUGGAGGCAGAAUUUUACUUCUUCGCCAAGGUGUUCAACUUUACCCCAGCUGAUAUUGUUUCUAAUAUAACAAUAGACAAUAUGGAUGGCGAGCAAACGGGAAAAGAGGAAAGACAGUUUCCCUCCCGGCGAAGACCAAGUAGUUUCCAUCAAGAUCACGGACCAAAGGACCCCGUAAAUGACAUCACUGAAGCCAAACCAACUUAAGCACCUCUAUGAACCCGCUGCAGGACAAAGGUCUCCCAUAAUGGCUACAAGGGUGGCUAAGCAGGCCUUGUCCACUUGUAAACAGCAGACAGGGGCAUGAUCUGAAGUCUUUAUCUAACGAGGACCUGCACGUUAUGGUAAUUUUUUAUGUAAUGCUGAAGGGAAAAAAAAAAAAAAAAGGUAAGAAUUCU